GCGGCGCCGCUCCCCGCCCCGUACAGCAGCGCGCAUGCGCGGGGCCGGCGAGGUACGGACAGGCGGGAAAACGUGAGUUCUGCUGUGUGACAGGUGCAAGAAGCCAGCUUGGUCAUGGGGCUCCUGGAGCAGUGUAAGGUCGAGUUUGGUACAUCGGACUUGUAUCAGGUGUUGGGCGUGAGGUCCAGGGCCUCCGAGGGGGAGAUCCGACGGGGAUAUCGAAAAGUUUCCCUCCAAGUUCACCCUGACCGAGUUACGGAGGCGGAGAAAGACGCGGCCACUCAGAAAUUCCAGACGCUGGGUAAAGUGUACACAGUUCUGAGUGAUGCGGAGCAGCGCGCAGUGUAUGAUGAACAAGGCAUAGUGGACGAAGAAGCAGAUGGCUUAACACAGGAUCGUGACUGGGAGGAGUAUUGGAGACUGCUGUUUAAAAAGGUGACGGUUGCUGAUAUUAAGAACUUUGAGGAUAUCUACAAGGGAUCUGAAGAGGAGAUGGUGGAUAUAAAGCAGGCGUACGUGGACUUCAACGGGGACAUGGACCGCAUCAUGGAGUCGGUGCUGUGUUCCACAGCGGAGGAUGAGCCACGGAUACGAGACGUGCUGGAGAAAGCCGUCAAGGCCCAAGAGCUCCCGGAGUACAAGGCCUUCACCAAGGAGAGUGUGAACAAACAGAAAGCUCGCAAGAGGCGGAAUGACAAAGAAGCGAAGGAAGCAGAGGCAGCGAGGCAGGAGAUGGGGCUGGACACAGACACGGACUCUCUCAAAGCACUAAUCCAGAAGAGGCAGAAGGACCGAAAGAAGGAGGUGGACAGCUUCCUGGCUGCCAUGGAGGCCAAGUACUGCGGCGACUCGCAAAAAGGUGGGAAGAAAUCUGCCAGGAAAGGGAAGAAAUAAGAGGAGCAGUUGUGCUGUUUAUGUGCAGAUGGAAGAGCUACAGAUGUGAAGAACCUGGACUGAUAUGAUGAUGCUUGAUGCAAUUGUUAUGUACAUUAAUUUUUUGCCUGAGAUUUGCUCUUUCCACUAGCUUUGAGCUUUGUAAUGUUAUGUAAUUUAUUAUGAAUUAUCGUCUACUAGGAUGGAAAGGGAGACAAGUCCUGAUGGUCCUGUUUUGUGGCAAUGAUGUGCUUCCUGGAAAUCAUUAAUUUGGAUGACAUUGUAAUUUAAACAGAAGUUCUAUGUUGAUAAUCAAACAACAACAUUGGUAUGAAGUAAUACACUGCUUCACAGAGUUCCAUCGCCAGUGUUACUGGUUCCGACAAUGCAAGUGUCCUUCACGGCAGGGGCAGGGGCAGGUGUACCGUGGGGGGCAAAUCACCUGGGGUGGGGGCAAAUCUUCUGCAGUGGAGGGGUGGUCUAGGGACCCACACUGGGGCGCGGGUGCAUGGUAUUUGCUCCAGCACGUUACAUCACUUUGUGCACACUGACACAUGCAGGAAUAGAGAUGCUUUCAGUUAAGACUUUUUUAAGCUCUUAAGUGCCUCUUACAUGUUAUGUUAAUAUUUCUGCAUUAAACCAUAGAGUAUUGGAUGAGAAGGCUGGAGGCUGUGGUAGUCAUUGACAAUUAAAUAUUUAGACUUUUGAAGUAAA